AUGGGACAAUGUGCCCUGGCAGCUCUUGCGACAGCCGCAUAUGCCCUUGACAAUGGGGUCGGGCUUGUGCCGCCAUUGGGGUACAACACAUGGAAUGACCUGUCUUGUGCAGGCAUGUCAGAGGAGGCAGUUCUCUCUGCCGCCGAAGCACUGCGUAGCACUGGAUUGCAACAGCGAGGCUACGUGUAUGUGAAUCUCGAUGAUUGCUGGCAAGAUCCAGCAGGACGAGAUGAAAGUGGUCGCUUGAGAGCAGAUCCGAAGAAGUUUCCUUCGGGUAUGCACAAUCUCUCCAGCUUUCUCCAUCAAAGAGGCUUCAAGUUUGGGCUCUACACCGAUCGGGGUCGGAAAACCUGUGCUGGACGAGAGGGAAGUGAAGGCUUUGAAGCCCUAGAUGCACAAACCUUCGCUGACUGGGGAGUUGACUACGUGAAGGAGGACAAUUGCCAUAGCUCCUCUGGUCCCAAUGACAAGACGCAGCUUUUCAAACAAUUUGCGCUCUUCCGAGAUGCUUUGAACAAGACUGGAAGACCGAUGAUCUUUUCUGUAUGUGGAGGGGGAGAUCAGUUGCCCUUCUCCAACUUGUCGUAUUACGCCACAGAUGAGAGAGGUGGUACAUCUUUGGCAAACCUGUGGAGAAUCAGCAGCGAUGUUACUGGAUCAUGGACAUUGAGGUUUUCAUAUGAAGUUGACGCUGGUCUUGGGCAAUUUGCUGGGCCAGGUGGCUUCAAUGAUCCGGACAUGCUGCUUGGCUCGUCACUAGGGGCAGCCAGACGUCUCGAACCUCACCAAAGCCGAACACAGUUCAGUCUGUGGGCAAUGCUGAUGGCCCCAAUGCUUCUCGGUGCAGACGUCCGUCGACUGACAGCCUUCGAUUUGGAGCUUUGGCAAAAUUGGCAUGCCUCCAGCUGUGCAAUGCCCAUAAGCAAAACUCAAAGGCCUAGUAGCCGCAUGCCCAGCAGCAAAGCCAAAGGCAACCGGGCGAAUGCGAAGAAGUCACAGGUGUAG